CUUAUAAUUCCUUACUACCAAUACUAAUACACACACACACAUACACACACAAAAUGAUGAUGAUCACUGAACUUGCCUCUCCUACCUUGACAUUUCGUUCAAGUCCUGAGCCUUUGCUUUCAUACAUGGUCUCCAACAUCGACGACCUUGUACAAUGCUCUAAAGAACGUCGAUACUACCAACAUAUGCUUUUACCUGAUCUUCCCACCUUCAUCAAACUCGUCUAUCAAAAAUGCCGCCUCACCCCUACUGUCUUGGUCAUUGGCUUAAUAUAUCUUCAACGUCUCAAAAAGAACUUGCCAGAACAGUCUCAAGGUGAAUAUGACACCCCUUACAAGUUGUUCUUAGCUGCUAUGAUUGUCGCUACCAAAUACAUCGAAGACUAUUCGUCCCAUGCAUUGUCGAUCUAUCGAAUUGUAGCUCCGCUCUAUACCGCAAGAGAGCUUAAUGAGAUGGAACGCAGUUUCUUAGGCGUGCUAAAGUUUGAGCUGUAUGUGAAUAUCACUGAAAUGGAUCAAUUCGUGGAAGAACAUCAAGACUCACUUGAACUUGAAUUAUUACGCAUGGUCUAAAAAAAACGCAUAACAUUUCUUUCCUUUUUUCCUGUAUAUAUAUAUUUGCAUUAUUAUUUAUUAAAUAAAAAGUGUCAUACGCUUAUUUCGAAACAAACC